AGUCAUGACAAUGACGUCACUAAAUCUUUGAACGGUUGGAUCCGGAAAUGAGAAUUCGGCGAGGACGCCUCAACCACACAUACAGCAACCAACAAACUCCUUGUGCUUGGCACUCCUCCAACAAGUUCGUUGCCUACACAUCUAGAAGUUUCUUGCUUGCUUGCAUCCAUCAUGUCUCCCAAAGGCUUUUGUCCCUUCUCACUGUUUCUGUUUGCCGUCACGGCAGGCAUUGCGACCACCUCGAUGAGUAAGAGUAAGAAGAGCAGCAACAAAAAGAAACAAACACCAUCACUUCCCGCUUGUACUGUCAUUUUCGUGGUGGGUGCUCCCGGGACAGGCAAGGGCACGCAAUGCCAACUACUCAUUGAAAAAUAUCCACAGUGGACCCACUUGAGUGCCGGCGAUUUAUUGCGGGCCGAACGCAAACGGGCUCAAGCGGCUCAAGCCGGCAAAGGCGAUGGCGGGGAUUUGGAAUUGGCCAAUACCAUUGAAGCGUGUAUCAAUGCCGGUCAAUUGGUACCCAGUUCCAUUACCGUUCGAUUGUUGGAAAAGGGCAUGACUACAUCAUUCGCGGCGAAUGGCGCCACCCACUUUUUGGUGGAUGGAUUUCCCCGCGGCCAAGACAAUAUUGAUGCUUGGGAUGCGCACAUGACACCGCAACAGCACCGUGUUGUCAAAGUCCUCGAUUUUACGUGUCCGGAAGAAGUCUUGGUGGGACGAUUGUUGGAACGUGGAAAGAGUUCGGGACGCAGUGACGACAAUAUCGAAACCAUUCGCAAACGAUUUGCCACACACGUGCAAGCUUGUAAACCCGUGUUGGAACGCUAUACAAACGACGGCAUUUUGGAAACCAUUGGAUCCGAUCGAUCCGUCGACGAAAUAUUUGCGCAAGUCGAAACGGUAGUAAUGGAGAGUACCAAAAAGCAAUAAUAAUGUCCCAAUAAAAGGAUGACAAUGACGAACGCACAAACAAACAAGCAACAAUCCACAAGACACCUUGUUGUUGUUUUCCUCCUUCCACACACUUUUUUUCAAUCCUCCAACGAUACCGACACAACAAGCGCAACAACAACGAGUCAGGAAUGGCUUUUAUCCAUUUCAGGAUCGACUCCCUCGAAUUCUAGAUGUAAUCAGGAUACAUAGUAGUAAUAAGAUAUGCAAUGAUGAGUGAUUUCCGUGGUCAGCUACUACAUGCAUCUGGACGA